AUGUCGGACACGCCUAUCGAGGAGUUUACUCCCACCCCUGCCUUCCCCGCCUUGCAGUACCUGGAGUCUGUGGACGAGGGCGGGGUUGCGUGGCGGUCAGGGCUUCGCAACGGAGACUUCCUCAUCGAGGUGAACCAGGAAAAUGUGGUGAAGGUGGGCCACAAACAGGUGGUCAAUACGAUCCGACACGGGGGAAACCGGCUCAUCAUCAAAGUGGUGACGGUUAGCAGGAAUCUGGACCCUGAUGACACGGCCAGGAAGAAAGUGCCCACACCUCCGCGUAGGGCUCCCUCCACUGCYCUGUCCAUGGCCAUGCGCUCCAAAUCCAUGACAUCAGAGCUGGAGGAGCUAGUGGACAAAGCCACUUUGAGGAAAAAAAAGGAUAAAGUGGACGAGAACAUGCCUCCUCAGAAGCCUAUGUGGGAGAACUCCAACGCUGACGUAAGGGUCGCCAACACAGUCAAGUCACGGCCCAACAGCAGGUGCUUCGCCAUGAGCCCCGAGAUGAAUUCCAUGUGUGAGAGCCAGGAUAUGCCGAUGCAGACCCAGACCCAGCCCCAACCCAGAGAGCCAGGCAGCCCCAGAGGUCGAGGACCCUACCUGGGGGUGCCAAACAGACAGGGGACCAUGAGACGACAGAAGUCCAUAGGAACAUCUGGAAUAACAGAAGAGGAGACCCCUCAGUUUCUGACCCCUCCUAUGUUGAAAUUCACCAGGAGCCUCUCCAUGCCGGACACAUCAGAGGACAUCCCACCCCCGCCCGCCAUCUCCCCUCCAUCUCCCCCUUACAACAACGUCCCCAACCCCCAGGGCAGAGGCUACGGCACCAUCAGACACUCUGCUCCUAAAGGCACCGCCCCAGAGCGAGGGGACCUCACCGCGGGCGGCAGCGAUGGGUGGAGGGAGCAGGGGGGUAUGUACUACAGAGAGCCCCAGUCGGAACAGUACCAGUCUGAGGACCACCACCACCAACAGGGAAGCCACAGCCCAGGCCAAGGCCUCACAGCCCAGCAGAGCUUCCUGAACCGCAGGGCCCAGAUCCCUGAGAACCCCUACUCAGACCUGGGGAAGAUGGGCAACCUGGGGCUGUUUGCCCCCAACAAGCCCCAGAGGAGGAAGGGCAUGCUGGUGAAGCAGGACAAGAUCGAGGACAGCCCUGAGAAGAUCUGCACCAUCAAAAUCCCAACCAUUAUCAUCAAGGAGCCGUCUACAUCCAGCAGUGGUAAGAGCAGCCAGGGCAGCAGCAUGGAGAUAGAAACUGGCGCCCACGACCACCCGGGACAGCUCCGGCCCGAUGACGGACACAACCCCAGCAGCCCCUUUGCCACGGCCAUGGCGGGCGCCGUGCGAGAGCGCGAGAGGAGGAUGGUGGAGUCUCACCAGAACUCCCCAUCCUACAGGUUCACCGACCAGGGUGACGAAGACUCGCCUCCCGCCCCAACCCCUCGCCUCCGCCACUCCAAGUCCAUCGACGAGGGGAUGUUCAGUAGUGAUGARCGCCUGCGCCGCAUCAUGGCCCCGCCUGCCUCUCUCCUCAACAUCCACAGAGGAGGAGGCAAUGUGACGAACUUCAAUACCUCAGAGCCCAACAUGGUGAGGGAGCCACUCCACACCCGAACGGGUCACCACAGCCCGGUCAGUCUGCCAAACAAGACCUACACCUCCAGCAGCGGACACUACGUCCACCCAGUAACUGGGAAGCCUCUGGACCCUAACUCCCCUCUUGCACUGGCUCUAGCUGCACGGGACCGGGCCAUGAGAGAGCAGUCCCAGCCUCUCCCACUGAAGACUGAGCUACCCAAACCUGACCUGAACAAGCCUCUGUUCAUCGACACUAAGCUAAGGACUGGCAUGGAUGCGAGUUUCUCCGCGACGGCCACCAUGGGCCGACCAGGCAGAGCAGGGCUUCGCAGGCAGAUGACCGAGGCCAAGUACGAGACAGAGUCCAAAUACGACCACCCGCUGGCUAAGGACCAGGACAAGAGUCUAUCCCGGCCUGAGAGAGAAGAGGAGAAGAAGAACAUGUUGAUAGACAUCGUGGACACGUCUCAGCAGAAGUCUGCUGGUCUGCUGAUGGUUCACACCACUGACGGAGCCCGGUCUGAGGAGAACAGUCUGUCUGAGGGGGACAGGGACGGGGCAGUGAGUUCAGACAGCACCCCCAGCGAGCUCCGGGAUCCCAACCAACCUAACACCUCCAAAAUGUCCUCCCCUAACCCCCAUAACUCCCACUCUAUGGGCCCUGGACCCAGAGGUAGUAAGACCAUGAUCACCGUCACCUCAGUAGAUGAGCCGGUCAAACUCCCCUUCGGCAUCCCCCCUCCGCCCUGCGUUCCCUCUGUUGACAUCGACGAUGACUUCUUCGCUGACCCACUGCCGCCGCCGCUGGAGUUCGCCAACAGCUUCGACAUCCCAGAGGACCAGAAGGGGGCGAUCGCUGAACUGCUCAAACAGCAUCGGAACGCUGGCAGAGCCCCAUCGUCUCUAGCUCCCUUCUACCCCCAUCAUGGUAACACCCCAAGCCACCCUGACCAGACGAUGAUCAAACGGCCUGCAGUGCUCACUAACUGCAUGCCCCCCAGCUUCCCCCCCAACRCCCUGGAGAGCUACGAGCCUAUCAGUGACUCUGGGAUCGAUGUGGAGCCAGACAGCCGCAGUAGUGGAGACCCUCAGAUGGAGACUACGAGCACUGUAUCCACUGUGUCCAGUAUCUCUACGCUGUCGUCAGACGGUGGCGAGGCGCUGGACAACACAUGCACAGUCUAUGCAGACGGACAGGCCUUUCUGGUGGACCGGACCUCAAAGCCAAAAAACAGGCAACCUGCCGCCAACAAGAGUAAUGCACUUUACAAGGACACCGCCUUGAUGGAUAGAGAAGAGAACCUAAGAACUUUCGGGACGCCCUCCUCUGUCCCGCCACCUCCCCCCGGGGCCAGCGUCCACUCAGAGCCCCCCAGAACACCAACGCAAAGGACCUCAAAGCUGUGGGGAGACCCGCCAGGCUCUAACCCCUAUGACAUGCAGAACAAGGACAAGACACCAAAGCCAGGGGACGGGAUAGACUCUUCUUCCUCAGGAUGUAGGACCGUUUUUGGAUCAAGGGCUCCAGACAGUGGGUCCCUUGCCUCAGGUACACAGCGGAAUACCACAGUCACUUUUGCUGCCCAGCUCGGCCCGAGCGUGCCGGCCCCAUCUCCAAAACGAGAGACAGAGAGUCUCCCCCACCACCGAGCCCCCAGCCCCAUCCUCUCUCCCCCAGACUCAGGCCUCGGCUGUGCCUCCUCCCUCCCCGCAACCUCCCCCACCCUCUCGGAUGUGUUCGGCUUGCCCACCCCCCCUCUCAGCCUGGGCACGGGGAGCAGCCGCUCGCCCUCCCCCCUCACCCUCAUCCAGGCCGUCUCCAACAAGCCUUUUGCCACCAAGCCGGUUCUGAUGUGGAGCAAACAUGACGUGGCCGACUGGCUGGAGAGCCUAAACCUAGCUGAGCACAGAGACACCUUCAUGGACAACGACAUCGAGGGCWSCCAYCUGCCCAGCCUGCAGAAGGACGACCUCAUAGAYCUCGGGGUGACCAGRGUCGGACAUCGGAUGAACAUAGAGAGAGCUUUGAAACUUCUGAUGGACAGGUGA